UGUUAUUAGUUAGGCGUAGGACAGUUAAGUUAAAUCAUUUAAUUUGCAGCAGCCUUAGCCACAGCGAUUUAUGAAUGAUUUGCUGAGACCGAUUUACGUUUAUCUUGGUGGAAUGGAAACAGAGUCAAAUGCUCGUCAUAUUGCCCACAAGACAUUGAUCAAUCAGUGGGCAUGUCGGUUAGCUCUUUCAGACUGCGUUCAACGUGCUGUGCAGUAUUACCAACGCUGGCUUAUUUCAAGCGAUCCAGAUCUGGUCAAUCCCGUGCCUCAAAACCUUCGAUCGGUGGUCUAUUGCGCAGCUCUGCGCCAAGGCGAUGAGGAUGAUUGGAACUUUUUAUGGCAUCGAUAUGGGAACGCCACGGUGGCCAGUGAGCGACGAUUGAUACUUCAGGCGCUUGGAUGCACCCAGAUAGUGUGUGUAGCUCGUCGAUAUCUUCAUAUGAUUUUCGAUGAGAAUUCGUCGAUACGCAAACAGGACAUUUCUUUAGCAUUCGGAGCCAUUGUACGAAGUGACAUUGGAUACACCUUGGCCAAAGAUUAUUUCAUUAAUAAUUUUUCUUUGCUGACGAAAUCUUUCGAAUUGAAUUACCGCGACCUAGCUGCGUUGCUCCUGCAAACAACUCAGCACAUAAGUAGUCCUCAGGACUUCGGGGAAUUAAAAAUGUUCAUCGACAGUCACAAAAAAUUCCAGAUGCUAAACACGCGCAGCGUACGGCGAGCUAUUGAUGUCGCCCAGGUAAACCUCCUCUGGCGACAGAAACAACUGCCAGAGCUCACACGGGUUCUUAAGGCCCGCUCUAUUUAUUAUAAAUAAAUGCAAGUU